AUGGCUGAACAGAACUUCUCCGGGGCCUUGGAGACUUGGAAGUAUAUAAGCCUCUCCGAGCUACAGAAGACACUCGAUGCCCAGGGGGUUGAGCUCGUCGACCAGCAGAAGGAGAGUGUGGUAGGGAGAAAGGCCCUGGCUGACAAGACAAAAGAGUUCAAGAAACUGCCGGACAGCGAGAAGACGAAUGCGUUCAAGGGUCUUCUGAAGGCAUACCAGACGGAGAUUGACAGCCUCACGAAGCGAUGCAAGUCUUCCGAGAACGCAUUCUUGAACGUCUACAAACUACUUGCCGAGGCACCGGAUCCAUAUCCACUGCUGGAGGCCGCUGUUGAUCAAACCGUCCGCAUUGCUGAAGCGCGUGAACAAGAGCUUGAGCUGCAACGUCUACGGGAGGAGAACGCCGAACUCAAGAAACGUGUCGCUGACUCUUCGCCGCUGGAAUCAGCGAAGAAGAAAGCUGAAGCGAGGGCUGAACAACUCGAGCAGAAGGCAAGUAAUGUCGCGAACUACUGCGGCAACGUACCAACCACAUUAAAUUAUGAUAAAUUAUGGCAGAUGGAGGAAAUGAUUCAAGAGAAAAUUGUACAAAAAGAGAACGAACUCAACGCCACGUACGAUGAACGGCUCCGAAACUACCAAGAGCGUGAGCAAGACCUGCAACGGCAGGUUGCUCUAGCCAAGAACCAGCUCCGCGACUUACGAACCUCUCAUGAAUCAAAUCAGGCCAAGCUCAUUGAUCAGACUCAACGUCAAGACCAGGAAGUUGUAGCGAAGUUGACCGAGAUGGACAUGGUCGCUGCUGAUCUCGAGCGCGCUAACAGUAGAGUGGCGACGGUGGAACGAAGAAAUGAAAUUCUUCGCGCCGAGAUCGAGUCUAUAAGGAGCGGUAAUGACACGAACAAUCAUACUCGAGCCCUUGAAACCCAAGUAGCUCAACUCGAAGUUGAGCUGGAACGCUUGUCAAGGGCUAUGGAGACCCAGAAGUCCCAACAAGCGGAUGCAGACCUUGCUUCUUCUAAGAAGCUCGAAGAGGCUACUAAAGAGAUUCAACGGAAGAGCUCUGAAAUAGAACAGCUAAAAUUGCGCCUCAAGCAAUAUGCUGACUAUGACGAAAUCAAGCGAGAGCUAGAGAUCAUGAAGUUUGUAGAAUUCGGAGGCUUUGACGACAUCGACGAAGAGAACGACCAGGAGUCGCCCCAACCGAACGGCCACGCUCGCUCCAAUUCUCACUCCGCUGUUCAGCUACCAAACCCCAACGCCGACAAAGCCAAUGCAGAGCAAGGGAACUCGCUCGAAGCACUCCUCGCCGCCAAAAACAAGCGCAUUCUAGGCGAGCUCACGAGGUUGAGGAUCCUCUAUACAGAAUUGGAGGAAUCAUACAAUACAUCAGAGCAGCGGCUGAUGGAAGCGUCUUCUGAGCUUAUCAGUCAGAAAGCCCUCAACGAACGGCUGGAAAAUGAUCUUCUGUCCAUGAACCAGCAUGGGGGUAAACCUGCUGACAGCCCACCUACCGACGGUGCCGACGUUCUCGCAGAACUAGGACUAGGCACCAAAAAGACUUCUCAACCUCCCGCGCAGUCAACGUCCAUACCUUUCACUUCCUCCGCUGAUACCUCAAUAUUGCCAAUUGUUACCAGUCAGAGGGACCGCUUCCGACAAAGAAAUGCCGAGUUAGAAGAGGAACUACGCAAGCAGUUCCAAGUGAUUUCCGAACUCCGUUCCGAGAUCAAGAACCUCCAGGCAGAUAAUCUGAAGCUGUAUGAGAAGGUUCGAUACAUGCAGAGUUAUCGCGAAGAGGCAGGUUCGCGGCCACCCACGUCCCAACUGGACCCGCUGCCCGCACCCGCUGGUUCGGGCACUGGUCUGGACGAUAUGGGCAAAUAUAGGGCAAGAUACGAAGAAGCUAUGAACCCAUUUGAGGCAUUCAGAGGGAGGGAAGCGACAAGAGCGUAUCAGAACCUCAAUCCAAUAGAAAGAGGAGUCCUCGUGUUAACCCGCGCUAUCCUUGGGAACAGACGAGCAAGGACUUUCUUUAUAUGUUAUGCGAUCGCCCUGCACCUGCUGGUUAUGUUCACGACUUACGAAUGCACGACUUCCUCAGGCACACACCUGCAGAAACAAGUAAGUCCAUAUGGUUCAUAG